AUGAGUAUCGACGAAAGAAUGUUCGAAGUGAAGCAAAAGGGAUUGUGUUUUAAUUGUCUGCGCAAGGGUCAUCAGGUCAGAGGAUGUCCAUCGGAUAAAUCAUGUUCCAAGUGCGCCAAGAAACACCAUACCAUGUUACACUACGAGCAGGUUUCUCCACCCGAAGCUAGACAGCAGAGUUCCAGUGGAUCAGUGAUGACGAAGACGGUGUCAGCAGCUAUUCCUGAGGAUAAUGUAUCAACAGCGUGUUUUGGUGUUCAGCGGCGAGCAAAACAGGUGUUGUUAAUGACGGCGCUGGUGAAUGUAGCAUCAAGGGGUGGAAAGAUCUUCAAACUACGAGCUCUCCUUGAUUCCGGAUCACAAGUUAACUUGGUUUCAGAAUCCGCUGUAAAGUUGCUAUCUCUUCCAAAGUAUCCUGCCAAUGUGCCUGUUGUAGGAGUGGGUGGCGUGCGAUCUCAAAUCCGACAUCAAGUGAUUUUGAGACUGUCGUCCGGUUAUUCCGGAUUCGAAAGUGAUAUUAAUUGUUUGGUGACAUCGAGAGUGACAGGCAAAAUUCCAUCAGUUCCUGUUGAUGUUUUUGAAUGGAAAUUUCCCCCUGGUAUUGUUUUGGCUGAUCCAAGCUUUAAUGAACCAAAGGAUGUUGAUCUAUUGAUUGGUGCGGAGCUGUUCUUUGAUGUCCUGAAAUCAGCCCAGUUGAAACUUUCCGAUAAUCUGCCUCAGCUUUACGAAACCCAAUUUGGUUGGGUACUGGCGGGGGCCUUGGAAGAUUCCCACGACGAAGUUGUCAAUGUGAUGUGUGUUACUAAUGAAGAUCCGUUGCUGAAGAGUGUUCAGAGAUUUUUCGAGCUAGAGGAACUUCCAGAAGACAAAGAGCCAACAUGUGAAGAGCAAAGGAUCGAAGAUCAUUUUUGUGAAACAUAUCAACGAGAUGGUGAAGGCCGAUUCAUUGUUCAGCUUCCGUUUCGUGACUCCAUCGAUCAACUAGGGAACUCCCGUUCAUUAGCUAUGAAAAGGUUCCUGUCAAGUGAGAAACGAAUAUCAAAUGACCCUGAGAUGAAGCGUAUGUAUCAGGACUUCCUUAAGGAGUAUGUAGAUUUAGGUCAUUGUCAUGAGAUACGUGAAGAGGACGAUCCACCUGGUCAACGAAGCUAUUACUUUCCACACCACGCUGUACUCAAACCAUCAAGUACCAGCACAAAGCUACGUGUCGUAUUCGACGGAAAGGCGAAAUCGAAUGGGUUAUCACUCAACGAAGUUCUGAUGGUGGGGCCCAAGAUCCAGAAUGAUCUAUUUUCCAUUGUUCUGCGUUUCCGAACGCACGUUUAUGCAUUCUCAGCCGACAUUGAGAAAAUUGUAUGA